AUGGAAUUAGAAGAAAACCUAAGCUCGCAUAUGCCCUAUGAGCUUGAUGACGAAGGCUUAUGGAUGGUCCCUUGCAAAAUAGACCGAGUUUUCCGUAAAUAUUAUCCCUUAUGCAGGCCUUACGUAAAUGACGGAAAUAAUAACAUAAGGCACCCUUGGACUGAGAGAGAAGACGACGUACUUAUAGAACUUAUACAAAAUAGAGGCCCAAAGCGCUGAAAAGCUAUAGCUUUAUCUUUAAAUGAAAAAUUACAUAGAGGCAAAGAAUUUAGGCUUGGAAAACAGUGCAGGGAACGUUGAUAUAACCAUUUGAAUCCGAAUUUAAAGAAAGGAGAAUGGUCGCUAGAAGAAGAUAUCAAGAUUUUGUCAUUGCAAAAGAAGUUUGGAAAUCGUUGGAGCUUGAUUUCUAGAGAGCUCAAAGGGAGGACAGAAAAUAGUGUGAAAAAUAGAUGGAAAAGUAUUUUUAAAAAAUCUAAAAAAAAUGAGAAUAUUGAAGAAAUUGUAGGGGAAAUUGUGGAAGAAAAAGGAGGAGAAGUUGGGGAGGGGGAAGGAGGGUAUAGUGAUAGCUGCGGAGGAGAGAAUACUCCGGGGUCGUAUGAGUAUGAGCUUGAUAAUGGGAUUAAAUAUGAAGAAAAUUCAGAAGAGAACUCGCAGAAUUCUCCGACCUCAUUUUUAUAUAUGUAA